AUGGAGCCCACACUGGAUGUAAUGAUAGGUUCUCUACUGUCCACUGCCCUGCCAAUACCAGGAUGGUGGCGGUUUCACUCUCUAGGAGAGAGAGCGAGAGUCUUCAGUCGGCGGUGGCGCUCCGGGCCGCGCGCUCUUCCGCUCACUUCACUUUCUCCCGGGAUGUGGUUCUGGAUCUGCCUGACGGCUGUCGUCACCCACGCGUCCCUCGGGAGCCCCUCCGCCCGCCAGAUCCGGGAUAAUUCACCAAAUAACUCGGAGGAACCUCGAUCUCAGAGACUUCUGUUCGACGAACUGUUCUGGUUCGGCGGCUCUUCUAGCAGUCCAGAUGAUGACGAGAAGCCCGGCCUCGCUUCAUGUUCCUGCCGUAAGCUUAGACAUAAGGGCAUUGCACUCCGUGCCUGCUUUGACUGGAAAGGCUGGUACAGAGCUGGCGUCCUCUUCUUUGAAGGAGACAGGAUCUGCCUUCUUCCUUAUGGAUCUCCGGACAUAAGAUGGCCCCUAACUCCACCAUUGCCCAUCCGGAAUAUCAUGUAA